CCGGUAAGCAUGUUAGUGCACGCUCAUCUCUCUGCUUAGACAAGUUUGCUUUGAGCACCAGUAUGGCAAGGGUACCGCGAGUGUUCUGACAAAUCAAUAGUUUUAUUUAACUGAAGUGGGCCGCACUAAUUGUUGCGUGCCGUUGUAUUUGCAAAUGUAGCUUGGGAAGAACACUUUGUCUUUGCUUGUUAUUCCAACAAGUGCUUUAUGGCAAAUUGCGUUUGGAAUAGUAAACGACAGUAGACUACAGCCACAAGCUCCCUUAAACAAGACAAAAAUGAAUAGCUUAUCGUUUGACGACCCGUCGCUGGAUAACCUGGACCCCAGCCUGUCUCUGAAUGAUCCCAGCGACAUUGACACGGCGCUACUGAACGACAUCGAUGACAUGCUGCAGCUCAUUAACCACCAGGACAUGGAGUUCCCUGGCCUGUUCGAUCCCCCCCAUUUCGGAGCGGUGGGCCCCCCGGCGGACGUCCCGGGUCUUUCCGCGGCCAGCCCGCCCUCUUCCUCACCUUCCUCUUCUUCCUCCUCUUCCUCUUCCUCUGCCCUGACACCUGGCAGCAUGCCUCACCUGGACGCCCUUCUGGGCCCGCCCACCACCCGUAGCUCCUCCCCUCCCACCAAGGCGUACCAGCCCCCUGCCUUCCAGCAGCCCCCCCUCCCCACCAUUACCACACCCAAAAUGCGGUCCACCCCCCCGACUCCACCUCCACCUGCUCCGGCCAAUCCGGAGCCCCGGCUGUCCCAGCCGCAGCAGUCCUCCCCGGCUUUCAGCACCGCCCCCCAAGCCUUCUUCACCACACCCCCGCAAACGCAGCAGCACCUGAUCAGCUACACCCCCCAGGGCGGAUACACAGCUGUCAGUCAAGCAGGCUCUGCCCAGCCUUUGUCCAGUCUCCCCGCCUCUCCUCAGCACAUCCAGCCAACCACCAUCCAGGCCCAGGUCCAGGUCCAGAGCCUGCCCACUCAGCCCAUGCUGACCACUUCCUCGAGUCCGCCCACACAGACCGUCGCUCCUCACGUUCAGCAAGUUCCAGUGUUGCUUCAGCCACAGUUCAUUAAAGCAGACUCCUUGCUGCUGACCACACUGAAGCCAGACUCCGGCACCAUGGUAACCACCAUGGCAACGCCCUGCAUCACCACCCUGGCCACUUCCACCACACCAGUACAGACCACCUCUCUGCAGGCCCUCAUGAGCGGAGGCACCAUCCUGACCACGGUCCCCCUCAUGAUGGACGCCGAGAAGCUGCCGAUCAACCGCAUCGCCAUCAGCGGCAAGCCGGUGGGCCUGCCCCACAAGGGCGAGAAGCGCACGGCCCACAACGCCAUCGAGAAGCGCUACCGCUCCUCCAUCAACGACAAGAUCCUCGAGCUCAAGGACCUGGUGGCCGGCACGGAGGCCAAGCUCAACAAGUCGGCGGUUCUGAGGAAGGCGAUCGACUAUAUCCGUUUCCUGCAGCAGUCCAACCAGAAGCUGAAGCAGGAGAACAUGGCCUUGAAGAUGGCGCACCAGGAGAACAAGUCCCUGAAGGACCUGGUUGCCAUGGAGGUUGAUGGGGAGGUGAAGACUGAGCUGCUGACCCCGCCUCCCUCAGAUGCCGGCUCGCCCAAUAGGAGUCCCUACUCUCACUGCAGCAGCGACUCUGAGCCCGACAGCCCUAUGGUGGAGGAGACCAAGUCAGCAGUGCAGUCUGAGACGCUGGCUGUGGGCGGGGCAGGUGCAGCGGGCGGGGUAGGGAUGCUGGACCGCUCUCGCUUGGCGCUCUGCGCCUUCACCUUCCUCUUCCUCUCCCUCAACCCGCUGGCGGCCCUGCUGUGCGGCGGGGCGGGUGCCACGGCAACCACCGGCACCCCGGAGCACUCUGGAACGGGCAGGACCAUGCUGGGUCUGGACGGCGGAGAUGGCUCUGGUUGGCUGGACUGGAUGGUUCCCACGCUGCUGAUUUGGCUGCUGAACGGGGUUCUGGUGGUCGGGGUUCUGAUCCGCCUGCUAGUGUACGGCGAGCCCGUGACCCGGCCCCACUCCGGCUCCUCCGUCCUGUUCUGGAGGCACCGCAAGCAGGCCGACCUGGACCUGGCCCGGGGAGACUUCCCGCAGGCGUCUCAGAACCUGUGGACGUGUCUGAAGGCUCUGGGCCGGCCCCUCCCCACGUCGCAGCUGGACCAGGCGUGCGCGGCGCUGUGGGCGGGGUUUCGGCUCUGCCUGCAGCGGCUGUGGGUGGGCCGCUGGCUGGCCGGCCGGGCCGGGGGCCUGAGGGCGGACCGCCCCCUGCAGGAGGACGCGCGCAAGAGCAGCCGCGACGCCGCCCUGGUCUACCACCGCCUGCACCAGCUCCACAUGACCGGUAAGCUGUGUGGGAGUCACCUGUCGGCGGUGCACAUGGCGCUGAGCGCGGUCAACCUGGCCGAGUGCGCGGCCGACAGCCUGCCCGUCGCCACGCUGGCCGAGAUCUACGUCUCCGCCGCUCUCCGCGUGAAGGCCAGCCUGCCCCGCGCCCUGCACUUCAUCGCUCGUGUGUUCCUGGGCAGUGCUCGGCAGGCCUGCCUCUCCCCCAGUGGCAGCGUCCCUCCCGCCAUGCAGUGGCUCUGCCACCCCCUGGGCCAUCGCUUCUUCGUUGACGGGGACUGGGCCGUACGCAGCACCCCCAAAGAAAGCAUCUACAGCCAGGCUGGCAACACCGUGGACCCCCUGGCUCAGGUGACGCAGGCGUUUCGGGAGCACCUGCUGGAGAAGGCGCUGUACUGCGUGGCCCAGCCGCAGGAGGAGAAGACCCCCGGCAAAGGCGACGGGGAGUACUCUGACGCUCUGGAGUACCUGCAGCUGCUCACCAGCUCCUCGGACGCAGCCGGCGCCACCACACAGUCCUUCGCCAUCGGCUCCAACAUGGCCACCCUGACCGGGUGCGAUCCUCACUCUAAGUGGUGGUCCAGUGUUGCGGUGGUCAUCAUCAACUGGCUGCAGGGAGACGACGUGGCAGCAGAGAGGCUUUAUCCAGCCGUGGAACACCUGCCCCGCAGUCUGCAGAAUGCAGAGAGCCCUUUGCCCAGGGCGAUGCUGAGCGUGUUCAAGGCAGUUCGCGCUGCUCUGUCCAAACCGGAGAACUGCCAGCUGAGUCUGAGUCACAGUGAGCGGGCCAGCAGCCUGCUGAGGGACAGCCUGAACCUGGGACCACACUGCUACUGCAGCAACAUAGACAAGGUGGUGCAGCUGCUCCUGUGCGACCUGCUGCUGGUGACCCGCACCACUGUGUGGAGGCAGCAGCAGACGGUGGGGCCGGGCGGGGCUCUGCAGGCCACGCCCAGCGAGCUGCACGGCUUCCAGCAGGACCUCAGCUCCCUGAGGAAGCUGGCACAGACCUUCAGGCCCGCCAUGCGCAGGCUGUUCCUGCACGAGGCCACAGCGCGGCUGAUGGCGGGGGCCAGUCCCACGCGCACACACCAGCUCCUGGACCGCACCCUUCGCCGCCGCGCCACGCCCGGGGCCAAAACAGAGGAGAGCGAGACGCGCCCGGGCCAGCGGGAGCAGGCGGAGGCGGUGAUGCUGGCGUGCCGGUACCUCCCCCCCUCCUUCCUGUCGGCGCCGGGCCAGCGGGUGGGCAUGCUGGCGGACGCGGCGCGGACCCUGGAGAAGCUGGGGGACAAGCGCAGCCUCCACGACUGCCAGCAGAUGAUCAUUAAACUGGGCAGCGGCACGACUGUCACCUCCACCUAAAGACACGCGCACGCACACACACACACACGCAUGCUUGCACACACACUCACACACUCACACAUACUCACACACACACACAUACAAACAGACACAGACAGCCACCACCUGCAUACACACACACACACACCUCCUCCUAGAAAAGCACACACACACACAGGUCAGGUCUCUGAUCCCAGACGGCCCUCCAAACCCUGCAGCAGUUCGUACAGACAAACGGAGCGAAAGUAAACAACCACCCGGCUGGAAGAGGCCCCCACCCUUCAGCUUUAGUCCCCUCCCUUCUGUCUCACGCAUCAUGAGGUUGAGUCCCUGCGGUCCACGUUAAAGGAAGUCCAUGCAAACCAGUCCCACUCUUCUGUUUAUUUUUAGUUUUUAUUUAACUUACUUUAUGGAGGAUCAGUGUCAGUUAAAAGUCUUACAAGGGGGGCGGAAGCAUUUGUUAGUUUACCAUAUAUGGAACUGAAUAUGCUUUUUUUGAUUGGUGUUAUGGCUUUCGAUUGUUAUUUAUUUUAUUUAUAUUCCCUGAUUAAAACUGGUUGAUUUUUUUUUUUUUGAUGCACUGCAGUGACGGAUUUUGGCCACACGAUGGCGCAGGGUGUCCUGAGCUCAGAAAGGAGAUGGAACCUUACUGGAUUGCAAAGUUGUUGAAAGCUUUUUUUUUUUUUUCCCUUCUUAGAAAAGAAUCCCCUCCCAAUCUUUUGAUCUGAAAAUGCUGAAGUAAGAACUAGCCGUCUGGGCACACCUGUCUGUCCCACUGCCAGGGAGGUGGGCGCGAAUGUGAGCGAGCUCCUUUUAUAAGUUUAAUUGUACAGACCUUCUCUGCACUACCCUAGCUGGGCUUAAUUUUGACAAAUGAACAGCGAAAAGGCUUCAUGAGUUUGCUUUCUCAUAGUUUCUUUUGUGUACAUUUCAAAAGUGUAUUUAUAAUUUUUCUUAUAUGUUUUCCCCUCCGAUCAGUAUUUUUUCAUUGUGGAGUGAUACGUUCUGUUUCUCCAGUGGCCCAUGUUGGGAUACCGCCCUCUGGGGGCAGCAGGAAGUUAGCAGGAAGAAUGGAUGGGUUUCCAUAUAAAGAAAAUAAUUUGUCAGAUAGUCUGGUUAAAUUUCUGAUUUAUUCCACCAGUAUAAUUUCUGUAAGAUCACGGUGGUCUUCUGACAGUAUUUAGCUUCCUGUAUCCUCCUAAUAUACACAGAGGCUCAAUUUUAAAGUCUUGUCUUCCCUUUUUUUCUUUUUGGGUCCACCCAAGUAAACUGUUGUAAGAACAUUUUUGUGAACAUUGGGGCAACAUGAGAAUUUGUGGUCACGUUCAAGUUCCGCACGCUUGUGCACGCGUGGAACUGGAAGAGGUCGGCCGUCUCGAUGCACUUAAAAUGGCCACGGUGAUGACAUGUGAGGUGAGGACUGCUUACUUGUAGUUUAACUGAACACCAAGAUCCUGGCAACUACUGCAAAAUGUUAUUUAGGGGGGAAAAUAAGAACAUGCUUCAGUGUUACCGUUUACUGCCUGUGGUAAAUGUCUGUGUCAUUCGGUAAGAAUUUGGGAGAGUGAGGCUUCGUGAACCCCAUAAUGGGUGGAUGUACAGUGCGCCAGCAGUUAUGGACUAUUGUGAACCAUGCACAACUGAUGCCAGUGAGUCACUGCUAAUACAUAAGUCUCAUUUUGGAGAUUAAAGAGGCCUCACUCUCUCUUGGGGGAGAGAGACAGGUGCUAUAAGGUUUGGGAACCUGGUCAAAGUGUGGUUAAAAGGCACGAACCCCACACACAAUUUAGGCGGAGUCCUCGUGCUGCUGCGUUUCGUGGCUGAAGAUGGACAUUUAAUCCCUGGCCGUUUCUCCCCUCCCGGGAGAGCACGCAAGUCUGCUCCAGCCCGUUGGCCCCAACGCUGGACCUGCUCUCCAGGACCGCAGCGCUGACCUGCGAAUCCCGCACGUUCAUCUGCGGAACGGGCUCGACCACCCCUUUGAAAAGAGUCCCGAGCAUCUCCCGGUCUGACUAGCGAGUCCGUAGGGGGCCGUGCGUCACAGGAAGGUGGAAAGGUGUUUUUAAACAGUUUCCUCUGCUUCUCUUUGCCUGUUGAUUCAUUUUUGAGAAUGUAAAUAAAAAGAAAAUUUUGUAACAAGGUG